AUGAACCUGCCAGGCACCGCGCCAUCCUCACAGCAGGCACCGGUGCCUCCCCGAAGCCCGUCUUUUCCUGCUACGAGACAGCACGAGUAUGCGCCGAUAAACCCUAGCCAGCUCCGCGAGGCUCACAGCUUCUCUUCUCCGCCGGAAGAUGUCAUGUCUAGACCUCACGUCAGGCCAGACUCAGAAGAUGGACCUCUUCCGGAGCACCAUCUGCAUGCGAUAGAUGAAGGCGCCGCCGCGGCAUCCUCGAGACUAUCCACCUCCUCCAAGCGGUCGGAUAAGGGCAAAGGGCGGGAGCGAGCGUCAAGCGACACCGAUACGGUGCCAAACGCCCGUACACGUCUUCUGAAUCAUGCGAACUGGGACCGCGAGUCUGGUUGUGGGAAGGAUGAUUGCGCUCAUGGAACUUUCUCGCCUAGACCGAACACUUUGAGGAGUUAUGGGAGCACCCAGUCAAGCUUCUCCUUGAGCGGCUUUGGUGGAAGAUACUCUGGGGCCCUGGGUGGUGGACCGAACAAUAGUAUGGACCCCACACACGCCGACGUUGGGGACAGCUUCGCUGAUAGCGACUUAGGUGGCGAUAGAGGCAAGCAGAUGAGCACAACGGAGUGGCUAGCGAAGCAGCACGGUAUCAAGAACCGAAGAUUAAUGUACCUGGCAUACUACAUUCCAAUCUUCAACUGGUUGCCACAGUAUAAAUGGGAAUACCUUCGUGGCGACCUCAUCGCGGCCUUAACCAUGGCAUCCUUCUAUCUGCCCAUGUCCCUGUCGUAUGCCUCGAACCUCGGCCACCUGCCCCCUAUCAACGGUCUCUAUAGCUUCGUCUUCAACCCCUUCAUGUAUGCGAUCCUCGGUAGUUGUCCCCAGAUGGUGGUCGGGCCAGAAGCAGCCGGUUCGCUGCUAACGGGCGAGGUCGUGCGCGAGAACAUCCGCAAAGGCACAAUCGCAGACACAGACGGUGUCGCGAAUGCAGAGAUCGCGGGUGCCGUCACGUGCAUGGCUGGCCUCGUCAUCUUUAUCGGUGGUGCGCUACGCCUCGGGUUCUUGGACAACGUUCUGAGCCGGCCGUUUCUCAGAGGCUUCAUCAGCGCCAUCGGCAUUGUCAUUUUCGUUGACCAGUUGAUCCCGGAGACGGGCCUCGCGAAGAUUGUUCCGCAAGACGUCUCUCAUGGAAGUUGCCUUGACAAGAUCAUCUUCUUAUGUCGAAACAUUGGGCACGCGCAUGGCCUCACCACCGCUGUAUCCUUGGGCUCGUUCGCCAUUAUCAUGGUUUGCAGGGAAGUCAAGAAACGCCUUCAGCCUCGCUUUCCAACCGUAGCGUAUAUUCCGGACCGCUUCCUCGUCGUCGUUCUUUCCGCUGUCUUCACAUGGCAUUUUGAAUGGGAGAAGCACGAUCUCGAGAUCUUGGGCAAUGUACAGACCGGCGGAUCAAAGUUUGCCAUCCACUUCCCCUUCGCCGUCAAGCAUCUGAAGUACGUUUCGGAUGCUGCCAGCACGUCAUUCGUCAUUGCUUUGCUCGGGUUCUUUGAGUCCUCCGUGGCGGCGAAGAGUCUUGGUGGCGGAGGCCACAAGAGCGACGGUAUUCGGAAUGUCAGAAUGAGCGCAAACAGAGAGUUGUGGGCGCUGGGUGUCGCGAACUUGAUCGGCGGCAUGUUCAUGGCCUUGCCUGCCUUUGGAGGUUACGGGAGAAGCAAGGUCAACGCUUCGACUGGCGGCACGACUCCGAUGUCAAGCAUCUUCCUCAGUCUCAUCACCGUCAUUUGCAUCACGUUCCUCUUGCCAUACUUCUACUACAUUCCAAAAGGCGUCCUCUCCGCCAUGAUCUCCGUAGUCGCCUACUCCCUAAUCGAAGAAGCCCCGCACGACAUCCGCUUCUUCGCGCGCAUCCGGGGCUACUCCGAGCUCCUGCUAAUGUCCAUAAUCUUCCUGACAACCGUCUUCUGGAACCUCAAAAUCGGCAUCUCCGUCGGCAUCGGCCUGUCCGCCCUGCGCCUCAUCAAGCACGCCACCCGCCCGCGCAUCCAGAUCCUGGGCCGCGUGCUCGGCACCGAGGAUCGCUUUGAGAAUGUGGAACUGGACCCGGAGGGGCUAGAGUUUAUCGAGGGGUGCCUCAUUGUCAAGAUUCCGGAGCCGUUGACGUUUGCGAAUACGGGGGAGCUGAAGCAGAGGUUGAAGAGGCUUGAGGAACAUGGGACGGGGGCUGCGCAUCCGGCGCUGCCGCGUGUGCGGCAUGUUGAACAAAACAGGAACGUUGUUUUCGACGUGCAUGGCGUGACGAGCCUCGAUGGCGCGGGGGCGCAGGUUAUGGCGGAGAUUGUGAAACAGUAUCGGGAUCGGGAUGUGAGGGUCUUUUUCUGCAGGAUCAGUAAGGAGAAUAGGGAGGUUUGGCCGCUGUUUGCGAGGAGUGGGAUUGUCGAGAUGUGUGGGGGUGAGGAGUAUUUCUUGCCUGAUGUUAAGGAGGCGCUGAGACGGAUGGAGAGGGAGGCUGUGGGGAGGGAGUUGGGGUUGGGUGUUCUCGAGGGGGAGCAUGGGUGGAGAGGGGCUGCUGGGUGA